AUGCCUUCGUUCAGAGUUUACAAGGGCUCAGCCUCAGACGGAAUUCAAGAGGCGAACACAACUAAGCCCGAAUUGACGGGCGAUCAAGUAUUGGUCAAAAUUACAGCAUCUGGCCUAUGCGAAACAGAUUUACACUACACAGCCGCUGAUAUGGUCCUUGGACAUGAAGGAGCUGGCGUUGUUCAGCAAAUUGGUCCAGACGUAAAGACUCUUAGUCUAGGCGACCGAGUCGGAUGGGGAUAUCAGGCAAAUUCUUGUGGCCUGUGCGAACAAUGCUUGAGUGGCAAUGAUGAAUAUUGCCCUGACCGAGAAAUUUACGGCCUUGCAAACUUGGAUCAAGGCAGUUUUGCAGAGGCAGUUGUAUGGAGAGGGGCUUUCCUGUUCAAAAUUCCAGACAAAAUUACUGACAACGACGCCGCUCCGCUCAUGUGCGGUGGUGCAACCGUUUGGAAUGCCCUGCAUAAAUAUGGCCUCUCAUCUACUUCUACAGUUGGAGUUAUUGGUGUUGGUGGAUUGGAUCACCUGGCUAUUCAAUUCACCUCAAAGAUGGGCAUGAAUGUUGUAGUUUAA